AGGGUCCACAUUAAACAAAAUAAUGAACCCUUAUCUGUAACGAGCCAAUGAACUUCCGCUAUCAAAUUGCUCACUUCAUCUCCAAUCAAUAUCCACCCCAUGUUGUAGUCCUUACUGCCAACUGAAAGUUUUCCCUUUUUUUGGCGACACAAUUCACAAGAUAACCACCCAAACUUGAUUUUAGUAAUUACUAUUUUUAAGCAUUAGCUUUCUUCUCAUUCUCUGUUUUCUCAAAAGUUCAAAGCUGAAACCAUUCUAUUCAUGGCUCAUUUGCUGCCACCGGCUCCUACCACAGCCGCAACACCUCUCUCAGCGAGACCCUGGAAUAGCUCCUCCCUGUGUUCUUGGAAAAAUGGGUGUUUUACUACUCCAAGAGUGUGCUGCAUUGGCAACCAAUACCAACAUCAGGUCUCUAGCCAUGAACAAGUCCCUCCUGUCCGAGACAACCACACACUGCAUCGAAGGGCAUUGAUGGGAUUAAGUGGUGCAGCAGUAUUGGGGUUGAGUUGGAGUAAUGAGCAAAGUGCAAGAGCAGCGGCUAGAAGGCCUCCACCUUCUCCACCAAAGGAGAAAAAAGAUCCCAACAUUAGUGGUGUUCAGGCGAAAGUAAUGGCUAGCAAGAAGAGAAAAGAGGCACUGAAAGAAGAAGUUGCCCGGCUUAGAGAGAAAGGGAAGGCUGUUAACAUUAAUAAUGAGCCACCUCCUCCUCCUGUAGUUAUACCAACUGAACCAACACCAACUCCUGCAUCUGAAUAGUUUUCUAUUAAUUACAUUUCCAAUGUUACCUGCAAAUCAAAUGGUUGAGAACAAUGUUGUUGUAUCAAUAUAUUUUCUAUUGAAUAUGAUUGUUUGGCUUACAUUUUUUUUA